GCACUUCCUGGUAUCCCAGCAUCUGACAUGUGCCUGGCGCGCAGCAGGAACUCACGGCUUGCUGUAGCCUGGAUGCAUCAGAGACGAUGGCAAAGCCUUCCCACACGUGCCAGGUUCCAGCAACCCACCCUAGCCCCGCAAUUCCUCCUCGCUCACUCCCACCCCCCGCAGCGCACCCGCAAACGGCAAGGAGGCGUGCCCGCCGCGGCGCGCGUCACUUUCCCCCGGACCGACUGGCUCCGCCGCGGCUCUCCCCGCCCCCGCCUCCGCCUCCACGUCUUGGGGCCGGGCCGGAAGGGAGACCUCACCGCCCGCUUCCCUCUGCCGCGGUAGCACAAGCUCAGCGAUGGCGGCUCCAGAAGGCAGCGGUCUAGGCGAGGACGCCCGGCUGGACCAGGAGACGGCCCAGUGGCUGCGCUGGGACAAGAAUUCCUUAACUUUGGAGGCAGUGAAACGACUAAUAGCAGAAGGUAAUAAAGAAGAACUACGAAAAUGUUUUGGGGCCCGAAUGGAGUUUGGGACAGCUGGCCUCCGAGCUGCUAUGGGACCUGGAAUUUCUCGUAUGAAUGACUUGACCAUCAUCCAGACUACACAGGGAUUUUGCAGAUACCUGGAAAAACAGUUCAGUGACUUAAAGCAGAAAGGCAUCGUGAUCAGCUUUGACGCCCGAGCUCAUCCAUCCAGUGGGGGUAGCAGCAGAAGGUUUGCCCGACUUGCUGCAACCACAUUUAUCAGUCAGGGGAUUCCUGUGUACCUCUUUUCUGAUAUAACGCCAACCCCCUUUGUGCCCUUCACAGUAUCACAUUUGAAACUUUGUGCUGGAAUCAUGAUAACUGCAUCUCACAAUCCAAAGCAGGAUAAUGGUUAUAAGGUCUAUUGGGAUAAUGGAGCUCAGAUCAUUUCUCCUCACGAUAAAGGGAUUUCUCAAGCUAUUGAAGAAAAUCUAGAACCGUGGCCUCAAGCUUGGGAUGAUUCUUUAAUUGAUAGCAGUCCACUUCUUCACAAUCCGAGUGCUUCCAUCAAUAAUGACUACUUUGAAGACCUUAAAAAGUACUGUUUCCACAGGAGCGUGAACAGGGAGACGAAGGUGAAGUUUGUGCACACCUCUGUCCAUGGGGUGGCUCAUAGCUUUGUGCAGUCAGCUUUCAAGGCUUUUGACCUUGUUCCUCCUGAGGCUGUUCCUGAACAGAAAGAUCCGGAUCCUGAGUUUCCAACAGUGAAAUACCCGAAUCCCGAAGAGGGGAAAGGUGUCUUGACUUUGUCUUUUGCUUUGGCUGACAAAACCAAGGCCAGAAUUGUUUUAGCUAAUGACCCGGAUUCUGAUAGACUUGCUGUGGCAGAAAAGCAAGACAGUGGUGAAUGGAGGGUAUUUUCAGGCAAUGAGUUGGGGGCCCUCCUGGGCUGGUGGCUUUUUACAUCUUGGAAAGAGAAGAACCAGGAUCGCAGUGCUCUCAAAGACACGUACAUGUUGUCCAGCACUGUCUCCUCCAAAAUCUUGCGGGCCAUUGCCUUAAAGGAAGGUUUUCAUUUUGAGGAAACAUUAACUGGCUUUAAGUGGAUGGGAAACAGAGCCAAACAGCUAAUAGACCAGGGGAAAACUGUCUUAUUUGCAUUUGAAGAAGCUAUUGGAUACAUGUGCUGCCCUUUUGUUCUGGACAAAGAUGGAGUCAGUGCCGCUGUCAUAAGUGCAGAGUUGGCUAGCUUCCUAGCAAGCAAGAAUUUGUCUUUGUCUCAGCAACUAAAGGCCAUUUAUGUGGAGUAUGGCUACCAUAUUACUAAAGCUUCCUAUUUUAUCUGCCAUGAUCAAGACACCAUUAAGAAAUUAUUUGAAAACCUCAGAAACUACGAUGGAAAAAAUAAUUAUCCAAAAGCUUGUGGCAAAUUUGAAAUUUCUGCCAUUAGGGACCUUACAACUGGCUAUGAUGAUAGCCAACCUGAUAAAAAAGCUGUUCUUCCCACUAGUAAAAGCAGCCAAAUGAUCACCUUCACCUUUGCUAAUGGAGGCGUGGCCACCAUGCGCACCAGUGGGACAGAGCCCAAAAUCAAGUACUAUGCAGAGCUGUGUGCCCCACCUGGGAACAGUGAUCCUGAGCAGCUGAAGAAGGAACUGAAUGAACUGGUCAGUGCUAUUGAAGAACAUUUUUUCCAGCCACAGAAGUACAAUCUGCAGCCAAAAGCAGACUAAAAUAGUCCAGCCUUGGGUAUACUUGCAUUUACCUACAAUUAAGCUGGGUUUAACUUGUUAAGCAAUAUUUUUAAGGGCCAAAUGAUUCAAAACAUCACAGGUAUUUAUGUGUUUUACAAAGACCUACAUUCCUCAUUGUUUCAUGUUUGACCUUUAAGGUGAAAAAAGAAAAUGGCCAAACCCAACAAACUAACAUUCCUACUAAAAAGUUGAGCUUGGACAUAUUUUGAAUUUUUGUAAGUGAAGAUUUUUAAACUGACUAACUUAAAAAAAUAGAUUGUAAUUGAUGUGCCUUAAUUUGCAUAAAUCAUAAAUGUAUGUCCUCUCUGUAAUUGUUUUAAUGUGUGCUUGAAAUAUCCAGAAAACCUAUGGAGUUAGUAAAUUCUGGGUUGUCAUAUGUAGGAUAGCCACUUUUUAGGUAUAUGUACAUUUAUAUUUCUAUCAAUUCCUUAUAAAGUAAAAUAAAUGAAUAGAUCAAA